AUGAAAAGUUCAGCUUUAUUCGUCAUUGCAUCAGCAGUCUUGACCGCUCAGGCAAGAAUCCUCAACAAGGGAAGGUUCCUUGGGUUAGCUGCCAGAGACGAUUCAACUUUAACUUACGAUGAAUUGACACCAGAGCAGAAAGCUGCUUAUGCUCAAUAUUUAGAAGAAUAUGGAGCUGCUCAAAAUGACACUGCCACCCAAUCAGGUGACGUUAACAGUGCCGGAGAAACUGAGUAUGUUCCACCUAUCGUGGCCGCUGCUGCCGCUCCUUCCAACUCGAGUGCCGGAUCUGAUGCCGGUUCUGAUGCCGGUUCUGAUGCCGGUUCUGAAAGUGGACCCGACGCUGGACCCGACGCUGUUCCCGCCACUGCUCCUGGCGCUGCCGCUGUACCACUUGCUGGCUCCAACUCCACUGCUCCUGUUGCUGCUGCUCCUGAUUCAGCUUCAAACUCCACUACUCCUGGUGCUGGUGGCGCUGCUACUGGAUACAACUCGACUUCUCCAGCUGCGGGCGGUGCCACCGAAUCUAACUCGACUUCUCCAGAUGCCGGUGGUGCUACCACUGGUUACAACUCGACCGGCGCUGCUGGUCGUGCUGGUUCCAGUGGUAAGAACUCCACUUCUUCUGCUGGUGGUGCUGGUGCCACUGGUGGUAAAAACUCAACUGAAGGUGGCGCCGGCGGUGCUGGUACUGGUUCUAGUAAUAAAAACUCCACUGAAGAUGGUGCUGGUGGUGCCGGUGGCAAAAACUCGACUGGAGGUGGUGCUGGUGGCAAAUCUACAUCUUCAAAAGGUAGUGCUGCUGGAUUAUACUCCGAGCCAGGUUUUGGGUUGGCUCUUGCUGCAGGUGUCAUUGGUGGAUUGUUGAUUUAA